GACUCCGCCUUGAUGUCAAAGUGACAGCUUUCAAGAUGGCGGUGGUUGUUCGGAGAAAGUGAUGAGGACAGGAUAACAGAGCAUUAAAGUGGUAAUAGCGUUUACAUUGGGUGCACUUUUGGCAGCUUUCCAUAGACGACAUGGCUCAUUCCACUGCUCAGAGCGGAUUGAUAGGGAUACAGAACCACAGAGCUGACCCUGAGGAACUGUUCACCAAGCUGGAGAAGAUUGGAAAGGGCUCUUUUGGGGAGGUGUUCAAAGGCAUCGACAAGCGCACUCAGUCAGUGGUGGCCAUCAAGAUAAUCGACCUGGAAGAGGCAGAGGAUGAGAUCGAGGACAUUCAGCAAGAGAUCACAGUCCUGAGCCAGUGUGACAGCCCCUUUGUCACCAAAUACUACGGCUCCUACCUGAAGGACGCAAAGCUAUGGAUCAUCAUGGAGUACUUAGGGGGUGGAUCAGCAUUAGAUUUGAUGGAGCCGGGGGCUCUGGACGAGUCCCAGAUUGCCACCAUCCUCCGCGAGAUCUUAAAGGGCCUCGAGUACCUGCACUCAGAGAAGAAGAUCCACCGAGACAUCAAAGCUGCCAACGUGUUGCUGUCGGAGCAGGGCGAUGUGAAGUUAGCCGACUUUGGCGUGGCAGGCCAGCUGACCGAUACGCAGAUCAAGAGGAACACUUUUGUCGGCACGCCUUUCUGGAUGGCACCUGAGGUCAUCCAGCAAUCAGCGUACGACUCAAAGGCAGACAUCUGGUCUCUGGGCAUUACAGCCAUUGAGCUGGCCAGAGGAGAGCCUCCCCACUCUGAGCUGCACCCCAUGAAGGUGCUGUUCCUCAUCCCAAAGACCAACCCCCCUACGCUAGAAGGAAACUACAGCAAGCCCCUCAAAGACUUUGUAGAAGCCUGUCUGAACAAAGAGCCCAGCUUUAGGCCAACAGCCAAAGAGCUUUUGAAACAUAAGCUAUUCAUACGGCACGCCAAAAAGACGUCAUUCCUAACAGAGCUGAUCGACAAAUACAAGCGGUGGAAAGCUGAGCGGUCACGAGACGAAUCCAGCUCAGAUGAUUCCGAUUCAGAGCAAGACAAGUCUGGCAGUAACGACUCAGCAGAUGAUGACUGGAUCUUCAACACCAUCAAAGAUCCCAGUCAACUACUGAAAGACAUGGCCGAGCUUAAUGGUCAAGAGACCAACAAGAUCACUGUCACAGAGUCACAGAGUAUGUCCACAAUAAUCUCUCCUUUAUUUGCUGAGCUGAAGGAGAGGGGCCAGGCGAGUAACGGGAAGCCCGAGGCCCUAGAGGCCCUGCAGGACGCCAUCCUGCUGGCCGAGAACACCUGCCCUGGCAUCUCCGACUCCCUGGUGACCGAGCUGGUCGAGAGGGUUCGCAGGUUCUCUAUGCACAGGGCCGGUGCCUCCUCGUCCCGCUGAGCGCUCCGUCAGACGACGUGUUCUGGACCAGCAGCCCCAGGGGAGAGAGGCCCUCGUGACUCGUUCACCCGCAGCAGAACGUUGAGCUUGUCAUCUGCUUUUGUUGUGUGUUUGUUUUCCCAUGAAGCCAGCGUCCAGGUGGAGUGAAGUGAUGACAAGCUGCCUUGUGGGCUUUGGAUAGAUCAACCUGCUGUAAGGCACUCCUGAUGUGAGUGUGUUUACCUUUAAAUUCACUGUUUGGGUGGGGUGGGGGGGUAUAUAUAGAGGGAACCACAAUAGCUGGCUCAACAAAUUUUGUUUCUUUGUAAACUCAGGUAUUCUGCUUUCAGUGAAUUGGCUGAUUUUGGAGAUUGACCACUCUGAUUGGCUGGCUGUACAAAAUAUGUAAAUAGGCUACUUUUUACAUGUGUAGACAAAUAAUGGAGGGUACAUUAAGGAAUCACUGUGUACAACUGGCCAAGUGCUGUAGAUAGUAAAGGGUUCAUUAUUUAAGUAGAAUUAUAAAUGGCCAUAACUGAGAUUGCCUUGUCUUUUAUAUUUAAUUUCCUGUCUUUUCUUUCGAUUUUCCCCUGCAAAGUUUAAUUUUAGUACAUUUCAGGCAGAGCUAUGCCCUUUAUGUGACUCAUGUGAUUUAUGUUCAUUGGUACCUCAGCUGGUUUUAAUGCUACUUAGUCUUUAGUUUUUGGUUGUUUUUUUAGUGCUUGAAGUGUUGCUCUCUUUGCAUCUUGUGAUUCAUAUAGUGUGACCUAUGCCAUAUAUGUAUAUGUAUAUGUGUGUGUGUGUGUGUAUAUAUAUAUAUAUAUAUAUAUAUAUAUAUAUAUAUAUAUAUAUAUAUAUAUAUAUAUAUAUUAUAAAGUAAAAUUAAGGCAUAGAGGAGAAAAUCAGGAUCACUGUCCGAGCCACUUCAGACUGACCGAGCAUACACUCCCACACACCCCUGAUGAUGGGACCGUUGGUUUAGCGCUUGCUGUUGGUGCGCUUGCUGUUUCCUUGGCCACUUUUGAGUGAGUGUGUGAACUCCGUAACCCCUCUCAGUUUACCACACUUCUGCUGAGGUCACUUCGUCUGGAGAACACAUCCUUGUCAUGCUGCGGGGGCAGCGCCAUCCUCAACAGAUACAAGUCUUCCUGAGAAGCACAGUAGUACAGUUGAGGAGAGCACCAACAGUUUUGAAUUGCACCCAGAGAAUUAUUGCCUUAUAGAAAAGCUAGCCAUAGUGAUAAUACGAGUAUGAUUUCAAGUGUACAGCUGUGCUGUGUGCAAUGACGUCUACCCAAUUAACUGAAGAUGUAAAUAUUCCCGGUUACCCCUGUUUCCUUUUGUGUGAAUCUUUAAAAAUUACAUUUGGAAAUUCAAACAUUUUCCAGACAAACAUAGAAGGGCACUCAGAGAGCACUGAUCUCAGCCAAGGCCAAAAGCCUCACCUCAAUGCAAUGUUGACUAAAGUGAUCAUGGAAUCUCCCUAUGGUUUUCACCUGCUCCAAAAUUGAAUGGCUUCUUCCUUGGACAACGCUACAUCUUUCCAUCAUGAAAAUCGGGCCAGUAAUUUUUGUUUCAUCCUGCUUACAGACAAACAAAUGAACAUAAGGCACUGAAAAUAUAGCCUCCCUGUCCGAGGUAAUAACGUACACAUGAAACACUUGAUUGACCUUGAGUAUCUGUAGGCUUUAGGAAAGAGAUGGCAAGAAUGAAGUCAUGUUUUGGUUUAGCAGUGCACUUUUGCCUGCCACAGUUUGCUUGGAGUGGUUUUUCAGAUGAAUGUGUAAUCUGAAGAGCUGAGUUAGAGGUAUGUGUUGUAGCAUACUGCAGAGUUAGUGGUGAGACUGCUGGUCAUAUCCUGAAAAUGUCUGCCUUAGCAUCUCAGCUAUCGAGUGGGAUGCCAUUAGAAUCAACUCUUCAAGCUUCGACAACUGGCUCUCAGCCCAUAGCCAUCAAGAUGUGUAUGCAGCAAUAACAGAUCAAAAAGGUUUGGUGAUUCUUAAGUGAAUGCGUUAUUUUAGCAAAAUUAAGUUGUGUUUGGUACCUGUUUUUUUGUUGUUGUUUUUAAUGCUGUCCUUGUCAGUUUUACUUACUAUUUUACAGGGUAUAGUGGCAGUAAAUAGUAGUUGCCAUAGCAUACUGUUUUUUAGAAGUUUUCUAUCUGCUAGAUGUUUCAGAGCAGAUGCUUUUGUUGAUAUGAAUAGGCUCUUUGUGUGAGGCAUAUUGUCAAACUUGAAAUGUUAUCGCCAAAUUAGGUCUGAAAGGAGGCCUUCUGGUCUCACACACGGCACGUGUGAACAAUAUGUUUAAAUGCUCAUUCCUACAUUCCUACUGUAUUCAGUGAUUUCUCUUUUCUUUAUGGAGAGAUCCCCUUUAUCUCUUUAUCCUACUUGGUUUUUUUUUUCCAUUAUUAUUAUUAUUUUGUGACAAAAAGUGCCAUGUCUGAAAUCCUCUCCCGUGUCACCUAGAUUACAUUUGCGUGUUAUUUGCACCUUGUGGGACUGUCCAGUUCGGUUAUUAAUGUGUUGCACUUUGUCAAAUGUUUUAAGGACUUGAGAAAAGAGUGGUACUUGAGGCAUAUUAUGUUCUUAUGUCUUAACUGAUUGCUACUGUACCUUUUGUGAGUAAGGCAAUAAAUUAUUCAGCUCGUCAGGAUAUUUUCAGCACUGGUAGGCUAUAUUAUAUUGAACAAAUCAAAAGUAAAUCCAGUAUUUUUGUAACUAAGAAUAGCAGUGUUAUACUGUAUGAUAAUAUAAUCUGAUAUUCAACUUAAUGUUAAUGGGAUGCUUAUCAUGAAUUCCAUUUUCUGUAACCUGGCUGAUGGUUUGUAGUCCUCCUGUAUAUAAUCCUUGCUCUUGUCUUUCGAACUCCAGAGUGUUGAAAACCUUUCAAGCUUUCAAGUGAUUUAAGAAAAAUAAAAGAACUGAAAUUCGUAA